AUGACUCAGUCCGUGCUCUCCAACCGGGCCCAAGCCGUGGUAGAUGCAGGAGCUGAUAAUCCCAUGUGGGAUGUGAUGAGUGAUGUGUGGUGUCCCGCCAAAAAUCCGAAUGGAUACGUCAAUGUUGGCGUGGCUGAGAACACCUUGAUGCAUGACGAGCUGUUGAAGUUCCUCAACCAAAAGCUCGAACUACCCGCCAAAUACCUCACAUACAACGAAGGGGGAACUGGAUCUUCCAGACUGAAGAAAGCCAUUGCAUCAUUCUUGAACCACCACCUCAAGCCAGUCACUCCCCUUGAGCCCAGCCACCUGAUGACCACCAACGGUGUCUCGCCGGCAAUCGAGCAUGUUGCAUGGGCAUUUGCAGAUCCCGGCGAAGGCAUAUUGCUGGGAAGACCGUAUUACGGCAUGUUCAUCCCCGACAUCUCCCUUCGAUCCGGAAGCCCGGUUGUGCCUGUUAGUUUCGAUGAGCACGAUCCUCUCAGUCUUGGGGCUGUGAAUAAAUACGAGGAAGCCAUUCUGGGAUUCCAGCAGCGCACCGGAAAGAGAGUGAAAGCUCUGAUGCUUUGUCACCCUCACAAUCCACUUGGACGCUGCUAUCCCAGGGAAGUACUGAUUGAUAUCAUGCGGCUUUGUCAAAAAUACCAAGUCCACCUGGUCAGCGAUGAAAUCUAUGCACUUUCCAUAUUCGAGAACACAGUCGAUGAUCAUCCCGCACCCGUGCCAUUUGAAUCCGCCCUCUCAAUCGACCCAACCGGCAUCAUCGACCCGGGUCUAGUCCACGUCCUAUGGGGCAUGAGCAAGGAUUUUGGCGCGAACGGAAUCAGACUCGGAGUCAUCAUUUCUCAAGCCAAUCGUAACGUACACAGCGCACUACAGGGAACUGCUCUUUAUUCCCAAGCCUCAGGAAUAACAGACCAUUUGACGUCUCUCUUGCUCGAGGAUCAUGAUUACACCAACCACUAUAUCCAGCAAAAUCAGAAAAAGCUUUCUGAAGCCCACGGGUAUACCACAAGUUACCUCAAGUCCCACGGCAUUGAAUAUGCAACAGGAUGCAAUGCUGCUUUCUUCGUUUGGAUGAACCUGGGCAAGAGAUAUCUUGAGCUCCACCCGGAGGAGGAGGGUGGGGAUAUUGAAGAGAAAGUCAUGCAGCGUCUACUUCAGAAAAAGGUCUUUCUGGCAACUGGGUUCCUUUUCGGGUCUGAAAAGAAGGGCUGGUUUAGGAUUGUUGUCACGCAGGGUCAUGAGCUGUUGACUGUGGCUCUGCAACGAAUUGUUGCAGCGCUCGAAUAG